UUGGAAUUCAGUACAACUCACAAAAAGUAAAUGUAUUUUAUGUGACUUCUGCAUGUUAAGUUACAGUUUACUUGAUUCUUUUUCUUAUUAGUAUUUUUUUUUUCAGCUUUUCCUAGCGUUGGUCAAUUAUAAGAGAAAAUCAAUGAUAGGGUGCUUAUUAGUUCUUUCAGGGUUAGAUAAAUUUUUUAUAUUUGUAAAGUUAGGUUCAUGAUUUUGGUCCGUGGAAAAUGUUUCUCGUGGUUUUGGUGCAAAAAGAAUUUUAAGAAGUAACUUAGUAAAUUGGUCCCUACUGUCAUACCAUUUUUAAAUUUGGAGAUAACUACUGAUGCUUUGAACCAUAUUUGUGAAGUUGUUUUUUACUUGGGAAUUGGAAUGAUAGUGGGGACUACUUUCACUUAGUUUGGCUUUGAGGAAUCUUUGGACCAAAAUCACACAAAAAAAAGAAACUUGCAAGAAUGAAAAACAUGAAUCACUGAUUAUUUUAUAGAUAUUUUUUCAUGUAUUUGUUCUAUUAUAGAAACUUCUUAAGUAAAAGAAGGAAAAUAAAUGAUGAUGAUAUCUUUUACUAAAGGGAAUUUGAUUGCACAAGAAUGUCAUUGAAGAAGGGAGCAUAACUAGCUCUUUCCUCAUGACUCAAGAGUUUAAUGUUUCAUCACUAAGUUAUCACUCAUUCAUUCCAACUUUCCAAUGGUUGAAAUUACUUAGUUUGAUCCUUUGCUAAAAUUUUUGUUAAAUCUUAAAAGUGGAACAAUUUAUUGUGUGUAUUAGUGAUGUUGAUGAUUAAUCUUGAUUCAGAAACAUGAUCCGGCCUAUAAUCUUUUGCUGAAUUCACUUAAACUUCUUUGUUCCUUACUCCAAAAAGUGUCAGUCUAAUGUGUUUUUUCCCCUUCCUUUUUCUUAAAAGUUUUCACCCAAAGAAAAAUGGGAGCCAUAUGCUGUUGUGGAAGAAAGCCAAGCAAGGGGAACAGCCUGGAUAGAAAGCUUGAAAGGAAAAUAAUUGAAAUGAGGAAAAACAAAUUUGGAAAAUCCAAAUUGAAAUCUAUUGAUAGCGUAGUUAUGCUGUUCCCUAUGUUUAGGGAGAAACUGAAAACAUUAAGAGGAAUGUUUGAACAGUAUGAUGAGGACUCAAAUGGAUAUAUAGACCCCAAUGAACUCAAAAGGUUCUUAGAACAUCAGCAAUUUCAUCUUCAAGAGGAGGAGUUUGAGACCCUUUUCCGUUAUUGUGAUAUUGAUGGAAGCAAAGGCAUACAAUUUAACGAAUUUAUUGUUCUUGUUUGCCUCAUCCAUCUCCUACAAGAACAACCAUCCUUUGAUAGUUCAUCAAAGGCAGAGUUAGCAAACCUUGGAGAAGUAUUUAAUACUAUGAUUGAAGUCUUUCUGUUUUUCGAUAAGAAUGCCGAUGGGAAGAUUAACAAGAAGGAUAUGGUGAAGACACUAAAUGACACUUACCCUUUGGAGAAAUCUCCAUCACACAUCACCGAAAAACGAUUCAAAGAAAUGGACUGGGACAAUAAUGGACAAGUCACUAUCAGGGAGUUCCUCUUCGGUUUCAUCAAAUGGGUUGGAAUUGAUGCAGAUGAAUAGAUGCAUGAUGUAUUGUGUAAGAACAGAUAUACUUCUAAGAGGAUUGCUUUAAUUUCUAUCAUGCUGAAUGUUUGAGUGUAAAGUUUUUCAUUUUCUUAAAAGUGUGUUGGAUAGAUACAGAAUUUGAUUGUGGCAAUGAAUCAAGAAAAAAAAAGAAAAAGAAAAAGAAAAAGGAUGUGUAUAGAUA